AUGGAGUACAGCUACCUAACGUCUGCAUACGAGUCUGGGAUGGACACUGGCCGAACUUCUAUCAGCUCCUGCAGUCAGCCCUUCAGCUUUCAAUAUAACAGGUGCAAUUUAGUUCAUCGCAAUCUUUUGAGUUAUGAACGAGGCAUCCAGGAGAGACGCAAACAAAGACGCGUCCGCACCAUCUUCACCAGCACGCAGCUGAAAGCGCUCGAGCGCGUGUUCUCGCAGACUCAGUAUCCAGACAUCUACACGCGAGAAGAGCUCGCGCAGGAGAUCCAUCUUACUGAAGCUCGAGUUCAGGUCUGGUUCCAGAACAGACGAGCUAAAUUUCGUAAACAGGAGCGUGCGGCCACAUGGAUUGAGUCAUCAUCGAAAGUGCACAGUUUGCCUUCUCAUGCCAGCUCCAAAACAAUGACAGUUCCUGACCCAGACAGCACACAGCCCACUCUUACCCUAACCGAAGACCAGAAACAGGACACCAGCGGUCUCAGAGAGGGCCAAGCUCCAGAUGAACUGCCCUUGUUAGGCAUAACUUCUCUUGAAGCACAGAGGUCAAGCGGUCACCUAACUCACUGUGCUACUACUGCGUGCAUGUGUUGAGCAGCAGUAAAAGACAUGAUGUGCCAUUUCAAACAUCACUGUUUAGAUCUCAGCUAGUGCCAUUUCCUAACCUUAUUUAUGUUAUUUAUCGGUUAAGAUCUUCUUUGAUGACCAACAAUGCUAAAAAAAGUUUGUAGGCCUACACAUAUGAGACAUGCAUGCUACAUUUAUCUUAUUUUAUUGCAUUGAAUUCAUGCAGUUGGAUACAAGAAUCAUUCUACAUACUGUAAUCGUUUACUGCUUUUUGUUCUAAAAGAGAGAGCUUUGCUCCAGUGAUUCAUAACAACUAAUAGUGUGUGACAAAACUGCAAAUUUCCCCCCUUAAAAUGAUAUUCAUAUUAUAGAAUGCUGUUGCAAAAUAAAUCGUCACCCCAUCAUUAUUCAGUCUUCUACUUACAGUCAAACACAAGGUGGAGGUGCAUUUAAAAUAGUUUAUUAUAGUUUAUUUAAAAACAUACACUUGCUAUAAAAGCCAUUGCAUUUCAGCGUCUUGUAGGUUGUCUUACAUCGCUCAUUUUUAAAAGGGUAUAAUAAAUACAGAAUAUGAAGUUAUUUGUCACACACAUCUCACUCAUCCUUGGCUAAUCUUUCCAGUAAUUAUUGCCUUACUUUAGUUCGUGUUCUUACAAUGUCACAAAAUAAAACAAAUGAUAAACAAGCAAGUCAAAACCCCCUGUAUCUAAAUGAUGAUGUGUUUUAAUCAAAUUUCAAAUAUUAACAGAAAGCAAAAGAAGAAGUUAUAAAAGCAGGGAUUAUAUACUAUUUUUGCUGAAUACAAUCGGUAGUUGUUGUAUUUGAUAUUUUGGUGACAUUCAACAGAAUAUGAAAUCCUUGCCAGCUGAUUUAGAUGAAUAUAAAUAUGGAUAUUUAACAAUUUGACAUCUCUACAUGGACAUGAAAAGCUUACAAAGGGUGUGCUUUUCAUUUUUUAAUCUCUUGCUUGCACAUUCAUAGUGUUUGAAUAAAGUACAAGGGUAAAAGCAGAGUGCUCAGUGCAUAUGCAUAAUACUCUCACCAAUACACAUUGGUAACUUGAAGCUUUGGAUGCAAGGGUGGCCGACACAUUAUCUGGAUUGCAUUUCUAAGGCACAACAUUGCAGAAGAGAGAAAGGCAACAGAACACAAAACCGAUUUUAACGGAACAUUUUUAAAAGCUAAAAAAGGGUUACACUUUACAUUACAGUGCUUCAGUUAUUACAUAAAAUGUUUGAUUAUAGAGCUGCUUUGCACACUGUUAAUGUUAUUACUUCAGUAAU